GCGCACGCAGCCCAGUCCGUCGUCCGCCGUCGCUUGCGCACACCGCGUCGCGCGGCAACAGUUUUCCACCCGGAAAAAUUGUGUCGCGUAUACGCGAAUUUGCAAAUUCAACAAAAGGAAUCAUCGAACUCUGUGGUCUUAGUGUUGUAUCCUGACUUUGCCUGUGAUGGAUUACGUGCAUGGCUUAUAAGUGUUGUGUGACAUACAGUGCUCCCGGUCCCCCCUUUCAGUAAAGUUCCUGUAUUAACGGCAAUAUGGAGUCGACACAAUGCGUGUCGGCCCACUGGCUGUCAGCGAUCGUUCUUCUCUGUUCAUUCCUUUCCACACACACGCUCAAUACUAAGAUUCACGAGCACAUGACUCCCGACGAGCUACGAAAUGUUUUCCACGUGGAGCACCAUAGUUUAGUGCCACAAUAUCACUUAGUGCAUCUAACACACCACCUAUCAAGGCGGCACAUCUCAACUGGUCAUGGUGCUAACUCUUACACCCCAAAUUCUAGUAAAAUCCCUCAUGAAAAGACUAGAAAUGAUCGUCCAACGAAAACAGAAAACCCACCGUCUCUCUUAAAUGACGAGAUGUUUGUUAGAGCAAAACAGUAUAUCAAAGAUGUUGAUAUAAUUGGUGACCUUAAUAAUACAGUGAGUGUUGAAUUCGGUGUAACAAAUUCUAGUGAAAUUAGUGAUAGUGAAUCUAGUGCUAGUAAUAAUGAAAGUGGUGAUAAAGAGCAUACAGUGAUAGAUCAAGAAGAAGGUGUUCAUAGGAUAGAUUUAGAGGCAUUUGGAAAGCAGUUGAGUUUAGUGUUAAAGAAACAAGAGAGUUUACUGAAGAAAGAUGGACUCAAGAUGUGGAAGGCCUUGACGAACGAGUCGCAACCUCACGGCGUUGACUACGAGGAGUUGAACUCUGAGGGAGAGGAAGACUUGGGAGAACUUUAUCAAGACGAAGAGAAUGGUGCAGCUCUGCUUAUAAGAAGACAUCCUCAGCACGGGAAGUUAGUGGUGGAAGGCUCGAUCGGUCACGACCUGGUGAUCCGACCGGUCCCCGACUCGAUGACUGCGCCCGCGCAGGACGACGAGAUGUUCAUGGACCCCGCCAGCUUGUCGGACAUGGUGUCCAUCGACACUGGACUACCUCUGUUGAGAAGGAAAAAAGAUGACCAGGACAAAUUGAGACGAGCUUUGAACGGUGCCAAACACGUUAUAAUAAAACGAGAUCCAGCAUUGGACGACCACUUAGGUGACUAUGCAUUCAUGGAGCCAGAUCACCUCGCCAAGCGCUUCAGAAGAAAGCGAUCAACAGAAGCACACAGCAGACGGAAAAGGGACGCGCCCUACGUAAUAUAUCCUGAAAUACUAGUCAUUGUCGAUUACGAUGGCUACAGGUUACAUGGAGGCGACAACGUGCAGAUCAAACGAUACUUCGUGUCUUUCUGGAACGGCGUCGAUUUGCGGUAUAAAUUACUGAAGGGGCCUAGAAUACGGAUAUCCAUAGCCGGUAUCAUUAUAUCUAGGGGCCGUGAUGCGACACCAUACCUAGAGAGAAACCGGGUAGGUCGGGACGCUAUAGAUUCUGCUGCUGCGCUCACUGAUAUGGGCAAGUAUCUGUUCAGAGAGCGACGACUGCCUGUAUACGAUAUCGCCGUUGCUAUCACCAAACUAGACAUGUGCAGGAGGCAAUAUGCGAACGAUGCGUGCAAUAGAGGGACAGCAGGGUUUGCAUACGUCGGGGGUGCAUGUGUCGUCAACAAGAGAUUGGAGAAGGUCAACUCUGUAGCUAUAAUUGAGGAUACCGGCGGUUUCUCUGGUAUCAUCGUUGCUGCUCACGAAGUCGGACAUUUAUUAGGAGCGGUCCACGAUGGAAGUCCUCCACCUUCUUAUCUUGGAGGGCCAGGAGCUGAAAAGUGCAGAUGGGAAGAUGGCUUCAUUAUGUCAGAUCUCAGGCAUACCGAGAAAGGGUUUAGGUGGUCACCAUGUAGCGUGCAGAGCUUCCAUCAUUUCUUAAACGGCGAUACGGCGACGUGUUUGUAUAAUUCACCACACGAGGACGACUCGUUACCGCGCGUGUUGCCCGGCCGUCUGCUUACACUAGACGCGCAGUGCCGGAAGGACAGGGGCACUAGCGCUUGUUUUAAAGAUGAGCGCGUGUGCGCCCAGCUGUUUUGCUUCGACGCAGCGAGCGGGUACUGCGUAGCGUACCGGCCAGCAGCGGAGGGCUCGCCUUGCGGGGACGGACAGUACUGCAUAAACGGAAGGUGUAUAACUGAACACGAGAACAUAAUACCUGAUUAUUCACAACACACGCCCAGCUACGUCCGCCCGGAGACGAGUCCGUUCUAUGGAAAUAUUACCAGUUACGAAGCAUCGACACAGCCAUACCAAAAGAAUUUCUACUCAAAUUACAACCAAAAGCCCAUAUCGACCACGCAGUACUACAGCACUACAAGGAAACCGAUCCAAUACUACACGCCCACGACGCAAUCAUCGAGUUACACCUACCCACCGUCAAUAAACAGAUACUCAAUCACCUCAACGAAGAAUCCAUACGACUUCAAAGACUUCACAACCAGGAACAAUGACCCCACCCAGGGUUUCUACAAUAAGAACAAUUUCUACGCGGGGAGCACCACAAAAAGUCCAUAUUUCGACAAAGGCGUAAAAUCCGUCUUCAAAAUAGGCACCUAUUACUCACAACCACAGAGUUACAAUUCGAUACGACCGGACGCAAAUUCUCAACAAGUGCAAAUAGAGCCGGCGAGAUUGGUGUUCUCGUAUCAGAGAAAUUUGACCGCAGAGGAGGUGCCGCAGUAAUAUGACACUUAUUGCAGCCGCCACUAAAAAAAUAAAGCGGAUCGAGCACAAGACUGCCACGCUGGAGCGACUACCACGGACCUGGGCCAUAGAGGCCAUUCGGACCCAUAGGGACAGUCACCAUUCCAGCCCUCAAUUUUAUUUACGUGUGAAAUUAGCACACCCGUAUGCACGAAUAUCUAUACUGUAAUGUAAUUUAAAUAUCGGCCUUGUAGUACUUUAACAUAAAGUAAUAAUUUAAAGUACUAAGUUGAAGUUUAAAUUUAAAUGUAAUUAAAAUUCAACAUAUUAUUUUAAAGUUUAAUCUUAAUUUUUAAAUUCAAAUUUAAUUUUAAAAUCAAAUUUUAUUUUAAUAGUCAAAUUUAAUUUUAAAAUUUAAUUUAAUGUUUUAAUUUUAAUCGAAAUAGGACAAAAUAAGAGCAAGCAGAUAAAGGAUUUGCUUGUUUUUAUUUUUAAUACAAUUCCUUAUGGGUAUAGAUAAUUAUAUUCGUGUAAUUGUGAUUACGGGACCGUGCUACGUGUGAGCAACGAGUCUGAAGACGGAACGUUUCAAGUGUCAGACGAUGUUCAGUGAGUGAUAUUACAAUGUGAUUGUGUUACUAUUAAUGAACAAUAAGUACAUUAGGUUAUGUCGUAUGAAAGUAUUGCGGGAUGCCCGCGGGUGAUCACAAUCUUAGGUCGGUUAUGGAAUUAGAAAUACUCCUUAGCCCAUUUAAUAUAUAUGUAAAACGGUUGUAAAAAUAGCAUUCGUUAACGAAAUCAACUGCCACGAAGUGCCUUUUUUAUACAGUAUAUAUUAAGGAGAUGUAUUAAGUUUUUUUUUUUUUUUUGUUUAAACGAAUGUAAAGCGACUGGUUCGCGACCGUCCGAACAAUUAGUAAUACAAUUAUUUUUUUAAGUGAAUUUACACUGUUUUUUUGAGAAUUUUUAUUUUAUUUCUAUCAUUUACGAAAUUUGAUAAUUAAUAUAAGCCUGUUUUUAAUUUCUAAAAAUUAUUUAUGUGACAUACUAUAGAUUUGUAAUUAUAAAGUUACCAAUAGAGUAAAAAAAAAAUUAAAAGUUAAUUUUGGAUGUAAUAUUUCUUGAUAGAGAAACAGUGAUCUUAUUAGGUAACUGUGUGACAUCGCUUGCCGUUAACUAUUUAUUUUGUUCAAACUAUUUAUGUAUGAAUUCAAUCUUAAAUUUCAUCACAAAUUUGUAUAAAUUUUAAGAAAAAAAUAGAAAAUAACAAACAUGAAA